AUAAGUAAAGUAUUUCUACAAUCUUCUACAAUUUUUUCCCAAAUACAUUUAAAAAAAAAUACAUUUAACUAAAAUAACAAUUAACUAAGCCUGACGUACUGACGUUUUCUUGCGAACAAUCAGGUGUGUUCUAUUAAUUUCUAAGUCACAAAACAACUCUCGACACUUUAAAGAAAACAUCUUUGUUUGAAGGUACUAAAUUCUAAGACUACAAAUCUGUUACUAGAAAUGCGUGCUAGAGGUAAUCUUGCUGUAGUACAUUGAUCUAACGAAAAGUGGAGAUGAUGUAGUGGUAGCGCAUUCGACUUGUAAUCAUAAGGUUUCAGGUUCGAGUCCCCACUCCGACGCACUUCAAAUGUAGUGUUGCCAGCCCAUUUGGUGCCAUUUACUGACCGCUAAUCGGCUUGUGUGGCAGACAAGCAAAUUAGAGCAAUGCUAUACGUAUUUCUAGCGGUAAUGAACAUAGUUACACUCGGAGGGGAGGAAUAGCCAGCCGUUAGGAUGAAAUCCCCGAGGAUGUUAAAACUUCCUGUUACUUACUUACUAAGUAAUAAGAUAAUAGGUUUUAAAAACUAACAUUAAUCCUUCAUUUGCCAGAUGGUUCCUAGUACACCCUCUCUCAACAGUAAAUUCCUGAAACUUAAAGAAUAAGGCUUUCUGGUAGUUAAAAGAAAAUUUAAUCCUCGCUCAACCUGAUACUGAGAUUAAUCAGUUUAAGGAAUGUUCUUUAUCAUAUCUCAUGUAUUUAUGAGGAAACUUGUGAUACUAAUAACUUUGUGGCUAGUAGAAUGAAAAAUAAAAUUGCUGCAAAUUGCUGUUUGUCAGCGUGAAGGCAAAGCAUUGCGGCAAUGCAUUGCGUCAAUGCAUUGAUGCAAUGCAAUAGCUUCCUUCAGUUACUGCAAAAGUAACAAAAAGUUCUUUCAAUUAUUAAAAACCUAUCGCUUGCCGUCGCACAGUGGAAAAUGCAUCGUAACAAAACCCACGAUUUAACAAGAAAGCGAAGAAAUCGUCGUAGCAAAUACGACGUGUCCAGAAUUUAUGAACGUCAUCCUGGACAAAACAAGUAUAACGAUGCACCGUCACACCUGAUGGAGGAAUUAGCCUCUGAUCCAAGUCUUAAUUUGCGCCGACAAAAAGAUCGCACCGUUUUCACCGAUGAGCAAAUGUUAAUUCUAGAAGCAGCUUACCAAAAAGAGAAGCAUCCUGACCCUAAGAGAAGAGAGUUGGUAGCAGAGCUUUGUGACUUGUCUAUAGAAAAAGUGAGAAUAUGGUAUCAAAACCGACGUGCAAAGGAAAAGAGAGUUGAGGAAGAUGAAUUAGCAUUACUUGCUCAAAGGUUUUAUGAUAACCAGAACAAUGGCCACUCACAUUACAACCCUCUUUCCUCGAUCAAUCGAAAGAUUAACAGAAUAUUUGAUGGGGAAGAUUCUAACGAGAAAGACAUUAUCAAGAAAAUUAUGAAACAGGAGCUCUCUUCAGCAAAUGUGAAGGCAGGCGUGAAUCGCGAAGAAACGCCAGAAAAGGACGACCCAUGGAAACAUUUCAGAACACCUGCCAUGUUGAAUACUGAUAACGAGGAAAAUAUUGUAAAGAGAUUGCUGAAGCAAGGAAACACUAACAUGCGGGACGAUACCAGUCGUAGUGGAAAGUUAAACCCGGCAAACUGUUGUUCUGGUAGAAAGCAAAGAAACAGAGCAGAUGAGUCUAAUUUCUAUGCUUCAGACGAACGUAGAAAAGUUGAAAGAGAUUCAUUUGUAGGAAAACAUGGCAUCACUUUUAAUCAUCCUCAAAUUGAGCAAGCUGUAACUACUCCUUCAAAUGGAUACACUGAAACAGUUUUAAACGAAGGAUGGUGGGGAAGACCUCCAGUAACGUAUGUUAGUAGCUAUGAAGAAAUGUUACAGAAGCAACAAAUGUAUCUGUUAUAUCUAAUGCAGCAGAAAUACAUGAUGGGAAAUUAUGCUGAUAUUUUUCCCAGCAUGCAAACUGACCAUGGUGACAUGCAUCAGGGACAAGAUGGAAAGUCACCAUUUCAAACUAAUAAUUAUUCAAACAUGGCUCAGACAAACCAACAAUCAACAAGCUGGCUUAAUUUAGUAAAUUCUAAAGAACUUCCUGCAUUUGUUGACACUUUUACUAGAAACACAGAAAUAAAUUUACCAUUUGAUAAAACGCAGAAUACGGUGCAGCAAAGUAGAUAUAAAUUAACACAGGAUCACGUACAACUUCCCGCAUUUGUUGACACCUUUAAUAGAAAUACGGAAAUAAAUUUACCAUCUGAUAAAACGCAGAAUACGGCGCAGCAAGGUCGAUAUAAAUUAACACAGGAUCACGUACAAGAUUACGAAUUUGUGCGGAAAAUGUACGAAGAGGAAUUACGCUCGCAGAAAUAACUUUACCAGUAUUUUAUAACAAAAAUAUAGUUUUAAAACUUUUAUGUAUACUCACAACAAAAUUUAUAGCUAUUUUUCUAUCGCAUAAUUUUUAUAACAUACACAUUUAUAAUUUUUUAGGUAAAUAAAUAAACACACUUUAUAGUUACAUUUCUUCCUCGUCUGAAUACACUGACUACAAGACUAUCAAUUCCCUAUCAACUAGCCUGCGAACCAAUCUUUUCUACUCCCUAUCAACUAGCCUGCGAACCAAUCUUUUCAACUUCGUAUGAACUAGCCUGCGAACCAAUCUUUGAG